GGCUAAAACUACCCCUCCAACCUAACCCCCACAUUUCAACAAGUAAUCGCAGCUCAUACCAGCACGAUUGGUCCGUCGGCCCAUGUGAAGCUUACCUCACAUUUUUAUGGAGCAACGAAGCCAAUUCGACUCGGGGGUAAUCCGACGGCGCGGGAAUCCUCCCACCCUCAAGUUGCACAGAACUUCUUUUUCUCUUCUCUCCUCCUUGCUUUGCUUUUAAUUAUUUUUUAUGAGAGAGAAAUUGAUUGAGAGAUCGAUGGGUUUUGAAGGGAGAGCGUAAAGGACACUUAAUAGUAUGAGAGGAACACGCGAUAUGCAGGACAGAGAUGAGAAUCAUAUUGAAAAGCAAUGGCAGGCUGCUUGCGCUGAGCGAGGGGACCCGGAUACGGAUGCUGUGAAUAAUGUCGGGUUGGGGAAAAGAGAGGAUGGGAAGGGGAAUGGGGAUGGGAAUGGGGAUAUAGAUCAGGCGAAUAAUUUGCUAGAGAGAUGCGAUGAGGUAGCGCGGAAAGUAAAUGGGUUUCUGGAAGAACAGUUUGGUGAGGAGGAGCAGGUAUUGAGGGGAGUGCAGAAACAGACCAGGAUUGCGCUGAGGGUUAUUGGGGAGUGUUUGGAGAGGUAUAGUUUAGAAGAAAUCUCAUUUUCCUACAACGGCGGAAAAGACUGUCUGGUCCUACUCAUCCUCCUCCUCGCCGCGCUAUCCAAUCACCAAUCCUCUUCCUCCACAUCCCCAUCUUCAAAACCGACUCCCAAACCCCUCCCCCUCGCUCUCCCCUCCGUCUACAUACUCUCCCCGCAUCCCUUCCCCGAAGUCGACACCUUUGUCGCCUCAUCCUCCGCACACUACCAUCUGCGACUUUCGCGCUAUGCGUCACCGAUGAAAGAAGCCUUUACGCAAUACCUGCGCGAUCACCCUGUUGUAAAGGCGAUUUUGGUCGGCACCCGCCGGACGGAUCCGCACGGUGCGGAUUUGACGCAUUUUGAUCUGACGGAUGGGGGGUGGCCUAGGUUUAUGAGGGUGCAUCCGGUGAUUGAUUGGCAUUAUCGGGAGAUAUGGGGGUUCAUCCGCCACCUCAAUAUCCCCUACUGUCCGCUCUACGAUCAAGGUUACACAUCAUUAGGAGGCACAACUGACACCCACCCGAAUCCAGUCCUAGUCGCCGAGAACAGCCAAGGAGAAGGAGAGGGCGAAAAGAAAUUCAGACCCGCGUAUGAAUUGGUAGAAGAUGAAGAGGAGAGAUUAGGACGAGAUUAUUAGGGAUUAUGAGAGCAUGCGAAAAGCAAAAAGCUAAAAGGCAAAGGGAACAAGAAUUUUCGGGGCCGUAGAAGGAAUGCUCACAUACAGUUACACACACAUACACAAUGGAGAGGAAACAUAUGAGAUAGGAGAAAGAAGGAAAGGAAGAAAGAAAGAAAGAAGAGGAACGACGAUGCAUAUGCAUGAUACCACUAGAGACGAGAAAGUCUUCAUGAAAUGAAGAAGAUUCAACAGAAUACAGAAUUCAGAUGUAUUGAACAAACAGUAUGGUAUAGGACGCUAAAUCUUUACAUGUUUUAUAUAUUAUUAAUGGGUCGAUUCUAGAUAUAUGAAUGCGGGUGUGGCUGUGGCUGUGAAUGUAGAUAAACUGGAGAGUCCUGUGUAGUUUCUCUUUCAUUUCCCUCUUGACGUCUCGAAAGAUGGAUCAUUAGAUGAGUUUUGUCAAGGCAGGUUACCUGUAGUGGAAUUAGACAAUUGCAUAUACACAUCAGACAUCAGACAUCACGUCACACAACCAGAAACCACCCAAAACAUUUCAAAAAUACAUA